AUGACCUCUUCGGGUUGCUACUAUGCCAUUUUAGGCCUACCAAAGCACGCUUCACAAGAUGAUAUACGCAAAGCCUAUCGGAAAUUAGCUCUUAAAUGGCAUCCUGAUAAAAAUCCAAAUAGCAAGGAAGAAGCUGAACAUCGUUUUAAGAAUAUCAGUGCCGCCUAUGAGAUACUCUCAGAUACUGAAAAGCGAUCAGUUUACGAUCGUUUUGGGAAAGAAGGGCUUAACCGAAACAAAGGGACCGGUUCCGCUGGAUGCUAUUACAGAUCUCGAUCCAGUGGUUCAAGAUCUCGUCGUCGUACAAUGCCUGCAGGCCAUGGAUUUUUUGCCGACCUUGAUCCUAUGUUUAACGAAGGGGAUUUUGCUUCUGGCUUUCCUUUCACUUUCACUUUUCGGGAUCCAAAAGAAGUGUUCCGCGAGUUUUUUGCUGAGCACAUGAAUAUGAUGAAUAUGGCUGCUGAAUUUGCUGCUGCGAAUGCAUCUGGAGUUGAUUAUAUGGGAAAUCAGCAACGUAGACAUAGCUGUACGGACAAUGGGCAUCACCAUUCCCACCAAAGAGCCUCAACAAAACAUCCUAGGGGUGAUCAAAAAGCAGGAACUGAUCAUCCGCUGGACAGGCGCGCUCAUCGGCAUGCCUUUGGUGGAAUUGGCCUCAUGCCUAUGUUUGAUCGUCUGUUUGAUGCAGAAUUCGCUUCCUUUGAUCCAUCUUCACGAUCUGUCUCUAAUACUCGCAUCCCUCAGCAUACUACGAGUGCAUUUUUCAGUUUUGGACCUAAUGGUAUAGUUGGUGGAGGUACAACUAGUAACAAUCCUAGUGUGCGAGGGACCUUUCGAUCAACCUCCACCAAAUUUGAAAAUGGCAAACGUGUUACUACUAGAAAGAUAGUUCAAGAUGGCGUAGAGACAAUAACAAUAGAAGAAAAUGGUGUUAUCAAAUACAAAACGGUUAACGGUCGCCAAGUAGCUAUAGCUAAUGCAUGA